CUGCGGCUGGUCCCUGCGAUGCCGACGGUGCUCGCCAAAACGGACAUCGCCAAGGCCGUCCGUGCUCUGCAGAAGCACGAAUCGGAGCGGGUUCGCGUCCUCGCCCGCGGCAUCGUGAGCCGGUGGGGGGCGACGUUCCAGGACGACCUCGUCAGGUUCAGGGCGGCCACGGAGAAGCUGGACCAGAUUCCGAUGCCCGACCAGAUCGUUGCCGACCAGCAGCCUGUCUCAGCCAAGAUCCUCCAACCGUCAGCCAAGAACACGCGGAAAAUCACCGAAAUGCCGCCGCCGCAACCCAAGAAGGUGUCUCCCGCUCCCGCCGUUGGCGUCGUCCGCGGCGACCGUGCCGGGCUCUGCUCCGACGACAAGAUCAUGGAGGCCACAAAGCGCAAGUUCCAGGAAGGGUACCAAGAAGCGGAAAACGCGAAGCGACAGCGCAGGAUACAAGUCGUAGAGGCGCCGGAGAUGCUGAAGCAGAGGCAACGGAAGAUGCACCCGAUCAUCAAGGAGAGGAGCCGAGCAAAGUGCGGGAGCUCCAUGAUGGUGAAGAAGACCAUCUCCGUCUCCAGGCCUCAUAGGGUUUAGGGCUCUAGCAAUAGGAUAGUUGAUUUCAGCAAUCAUGCCUUGUUCAUUUCGUGUCUGUAUCGAAAUUCUCGAACAUGCAGUGAUGCAGCUGUAACGAGCAACCCAUGCGCAGUUUGCCUGUCCUGUACACAUUGAUGCAAGGAAGCUGAUGAAUCGAAAGGCAGCUCGUGAACCGUGAUUGUAAUUAUAUGCCUGUUCAGGGCUCUAGCCAGCUAUAGGAGAGUUGAUUUUACCAAUCAUGUCUUUUUUCACUUUUUCUGUAUCAAAAUUAUGGAUGCA